GGCAUAUGACAGUGACACGUAAUAAGGUGACAGUAACAUGCAAACAAUUUACAGCUGUUAAAAAUAAUAAUUCUUUAAUACAUUAUAAAUAUGGAUACUUCUGAUAGUGAAUACUUCGAAAGUGCAGACGAAGAAAUAUAUCCAGAUGAUGAUCCAUCCAAAAUUCAUGAUACUAAAAACGAUAAAUUGCCAAGCGAGUUUCAACAAGAUUUAAUAAAUUUAAAAUUAAAUGAAAGUACCAAAAAUACAACCUCCAAACAAGAUUUAGGUAUAGACAUUGAUAUCAAUAAGGCUAAAAAUAGUAGUGAAACCCCCUUGGAGUCUGAAAAAAAUCAAGACAAUAACUUUAAUAUAGAAAAUAAGAAAAAUAGUAAAGUGAUGAUUGAAAAAUUAGAGUCAGAUAUUGAGAAUAAUACUAAAUAUGAUACCCUAAGUGAUAAACAUGAAGAUAAUAGAAGUGGGAAUGACGAUACAGUAAGUAAUGUAACUGACAUGAAAUUUAGUGAAACAAAGGCUUUGAGAAAUAGAGAUUCUAAUUCAAAUAGAAAUAAAACAAUUAUAGAAAAAACUGAUUCGAAUGAUGCACAGCAAGUCGUUGGAGAAGCAUCUGAUGAUGAAGAAAAUAUGUGGGAAAAUGACGAUUGGGAACCUAUCAAUGAUGAUAAAGUGCCUAGUGUUUCUGAUGUUGGAAUUAAAAAUUCAAAACCAUUAGAAGAAAAGGACUUACAUCUUGGAUAUAAAGAAGAAUUAGCACAAAAAAAUGAUAAUAUGUGGGACAAUGAUGAAUGGGAACCCUUGGAAGAAGUCCAGCCACAAAAACAGGAUCAAUAUACAGAACCUUCAUGGUCUAAUUGGGGAAAUUGGGGAGGAAUGACUUCGAUUAUUACUACUGCUACUCAAGGUGUUUCUACAUUGACUCAAAGUUUAUCUACUGUCAUUGAAUCAAGUAUGGGAAUACCAGAUCCAAAGGAAUUAGCUAAAAUAGAUAAAGAAAAAGAGUGUAUUGUACAGGAAGAAGAAGAAGAAGAAGUUAGUAACAUAUCUAAUGUGGGUUUUGGUUUUGGUAAUCUAUCGAAUUUAGUAUCUGGGGUGUCUCAUAUAACAAAAUUUGUGGAAAACACUGGUAGUAAGGUAAUAACAGGUGGAUUAGAUACUUUGGAAACCAUAGGCAAAAAAACUAUGGAAGUAUUGCAAGAAGGCGAUCCGGGUUUAAAGCACAAAAGGUCUCUAUUAAAAUUAGACAAAAAGAAACCCAUUCUCUCUCAAGUUCUUCGGGAGGCCAAGGAAAAGGCCGAAGCGGAAAAUAAAGUCUUACAACAAACACAUUCCAAAAAAAAAUUGAAUUAUGAAACUUUGUUCGAUGAUUACCAUGGGCUUGUUCAUUUAGAAGCUCUUGAAAUGCUAUCAAAGCAAUGUGAUAUUACUUUAGAGACUCUCCAAGAAAAUUCGUCGGGUAGUGAACUGCAAGAUUUGCAAGAAACUAUGGACCAAAUUAAAGAAUUAUGUGAACUACCUGAUGAAGAUGACGACGAAACUUCGAGUUUCGACGACAUCAAAGAAAAACUUCAAACAGCCGUUCAAGAACUAAAUGUUAGUAUAACAUACGGCAAGUUAAUUUCUUUAUGGGAAGAAACAGAAACUUGGUUGAAUAAUCUAAAGUUGGAGUUUUGCGGAGAAGAAGAAAUAUACCAAGAAGCACUUCAGGUUCUGGCGCAACUGACGGCGAUAGCCGUCGAACAAUUCCAUAAAUGCGGCGAAUUAUUGAUGAUAAAAGACCAUAGAAGUACGGUGGACGAAGCAGAUAGUUUAGUACAGUUAACUAUGACAUUGACGUCUCUUAUUGGUUUAGCCGCCGGGAAAUUUUCGGAAAAAUUGAACGCCAAGUCUUCCCAAACGGGAAAUAAGGAAUCCAUCAAUUCUUUGAUCACAAACGUUUUCUUUGAGGCUGGAAAUAGUAGUUCGUAUAUACAGGAUGCUUUCCAGUUGUUAGUCCCGGUUCUACAAGCAGGUGCGAUGCAUAACAAUUAAAAUUAAUUAUUUAAUUUCAUAUAUUUUCAUAUUAAUUUAUUUCUUGAAGAAAAUUUGUUGUUUUUAAUAUACUUUUUUGAUAAUAUACAAAAUUUUAUUGUAAAAUAUAUUAGAUAUUGUAAA